UAUAGACAUAAACGAGAGAGGGUUGCGAAGUCUUUCCCGAUCCCGUUAACACCAUAUACUCGUAUUAUUUUUUUUUUCCAAACCUCGUUCUCACUGCCUCCUACUCCAUUUUAGGGUUUUGAGGUAAAAUUAUCAAAGAUGUCACGUGUCUAUGUUGGUAAUCUGGACCCAAGGGUUAAUGAAAGAGAAAUCGAGGAUGAAUUCCGCACUUUUGGUGUCAUUCGUAGCGUGUGGGUUGCAAGAAGGCCUCCAGGCUAUGCUUUUGUUGAUUUUGAUGACAAAAGAGAUGCUCAGGAUGCCAUCCGAGAACUUGAUGGUAAGAACGGUUGGAGAGUAGAGAUGUCUCAUAACUCUAGAGGAGGAGGCGGCGGCGGCGGUGGCGGCGGUCGGGGAGGAGGUCGUGGUCGCUCCGGUGGUUCUGAUCUGAAAUGCUAUGAAUGUGGUGAGCCUGGUCAUUUUGCUCGUGAGUGCCGUGGUGGUGGCGGCGGCGGCGGCGGUGGAGGUAGACGUCGCAGCCGGAGCCGCAGCCGCAGCCCCGCUAGAUACCGCCGGAGCCCUAGCUAUGGUCGCAGGAGUUACAGUCCGCGUGGGCGGUCACCGCCACGCCGGAGUUUGUCACCACCUCGUAAGGCAAACUACAGCAGGUCACCACCGUAUCGUGGACGUGAUGAAGUGCCAUACACAAACGGAAAUGGGCUUAAGGAUAGGCGUCGUAGCAGGAGCUGAUUGUUAUGUUAAAGGAGGACUGAGGAGAUGAAAGGAGUUGUUUGAACUCAAGUAGAGUGUGGAAGUGGAUGAAUUUGUUAUCUGUGACUGUGACUAUGACUGUGUUUUCAUCUUUCUAAAUUCUAAGGUUCUUAAACUUUUCAAAGUAUCAGAGUUUAUUUUAUUUGCUUUUUAAUAGACACAGAAUGUGUAUGUCAGGGAUAGAAAGAACAGUGCUAAAGUAAUAUGCUUGUUUUUGUG